AUGGACUGGUUCCUCGACAAGGAGCUCACAUCGCUGCCUUGGUACUUUGAGUCGGAUGACGGAUCAAAGUGCCGCACAAUCGUGCGAUCGCCGCUAUCGCGCGAAAUUCAAGAGAAGACAGUCACCAACUACAUGGUUCGGAUGCGCCGCGAAGGGCUUUCGCAACGAGUGGCAGGAGAGGCAGUGAUGAAGUGGAGAUCAGAGGCACGCUCCUUCCCGCUGCAUGCAGGCGCUUUCAAUCACAGAGCGGAAUCGUUCUAUCGCUGCCACGAUGAGAUGGUCAGCGGCGGGGUGGUCAACCCCUACAUCCAGAGUGUGCUGGAUAAAGGGCUGACCAGGAUUCCGGUCCUCCACUGGGGCACCAGCGACAAAGUGUUCAGCAAGCUGAUCAAGGUCAUGAACCGGUACCACGAUGGGUCGGGCGACUCGUUCGUCGAGUACUUCCAAGAGAGCCUUGAUCUGGAAUCCGAAUGGAAGGCGCACGCCGUGAAGGCUAGAAUCACUUCACAUAACCCACGCUACGCGCAGUUGCAGCAGGAUUUCAUCUUGGCAGCCAGCAAGUCAGCCAACUUCAGUGGCUUCUUCUCGUGCUGGGAGCACUACAAGGACACCCUCGCGCUGGUCCACACACUGGUUCGCCUUGGUGUCAAAGACAAGUUCAUCCAGUGGGCAAACAAGAAUGUGUCCUUCCUCGAGGAUGCGAUGACUCCGCAGAAGGUCAUCACGAUGAUGCACUCGAUUACUUUGCUUGUGCUUGGGAACACCCGCAAGUAUUACUCCAGGAAGCUCCAAAGCAUCAUUGUCAUGGAAGCUCUCAAAUUCACGGUGCCUCGGCAGCUUUGA